ACGGUAGAGAGAGCUGAUCUGAUCCGUCAGAGCUGAACCCCACACUCCAUUGAAAUGUUUUUCUCUCUUGUCCCAGAAGCUUCAUCUUCCUCUCUGCCUCUCGUUUUUUCUCUCUCUUCCUUCCUAAAAUGGCUAAUCAGCUUUUUGCCUCCUGUUUCCUCUUUCUCCUCCACUUCCAUCUUGCAGCGGCGCAGUCGUUCAUCGGAGUGAAUUAUGGCCAGGUGGCGGAUAAUCUUCCGCCGCCGGAUGCGACCGCGAGGCUACUGCGGUCGACUUCGAUUGGGAAGGUCAGGUUGUACGGAGCGGACCCGGCGAUGAUCGGCGCUCUGGCGAACACCGGCCUCGGGAUCCUUAUCGGAGUCUCCAACGGCGAAAUCCCGGCGAUGGCAUCCGACCCCGGCGUCGCCAGGAACUGGGUGGCGUCCAACGUGCUCCCGUUCUACCCGGCGAGCAAGAUCACGACCAUAAACGUCGGGAACGAGGUUCUGUACUCCGGCGACCAGAAUCUCCGGUCGCAGCUCCUGCCGGCGAUGAAGAAUCUGCAGAACGCCCUUGUCUCGGCGUCGCUCGGAGGAAAAGUGAAGGUUUCAACUGUCCAUGGCAUGUCGUUGCUGAGAUCCUCUGCUCCGCCGUCGGCCGGGAGCUUCGAUCCCGCCGUCACCGACUUGCUCAGAGGUCUGCUGAGCUUCAAUAAGGCCACGGGGUCGCAGUUCUUGAUAAACCCAUACCCUUUCUUCGCUUACCAGAGCGAUCCCACGCCGGAAACACUGGCUUUCUGUUUAUUCCAGCCAAACUCCGGCCGAUUUGAUUCCGGCACUAAACUCCGAUAUACCAACAUGUUCGACGCUCAGGUAGAUGCGGUGAGAUCAGCCUUGAAUGCAAUGGGGUUCAAUGAUGUGGAGAUAGGAGUAGCCGAAACCGGGUGGCCUUACAAGGGAGACAGCACAGAGGUUGGUCCUAGCCUUGAGAAUGCCAAGGCUUAUGUCGGGAAUUUGGUCGCCCAUUUGAGGUCGUUGGUCGGGACUCCAUUGAUGCCCGGGAAAUCCGUGGACACCUAUCUGUUUGCAUUGUACGACGAGAACCUGAAGCCCGGGCCGACUUCCGAGAGGUCUUUCGGGCUCUUCAGGCUUGAUUCAACCAUGACCUAUGACGCCGGGCUUUCAACGUCUAGUGUCCUGACUCCAUCUACGCCGACACCGACAACUCCUGCGACCCCGUCGCCAAAGGGCAACGUGUGGUGUGUACCAAAGCAAGGAGCAACGGAUGCCCAAUUGCAAGCAAAUAUAGACUACGUUUGCGGGCUUGGAUAUGAUUGCCGCCCGAUCCAACCCGGCGGGUCAUGUUUCGUUCCAAACACGCUCUUGUCCCAUGCUUCCUAUGCCAUGAACCUCCUCUACCAAACCUCGGGCAGGAACCCGUGGAAUUGCGAUUUCUCGCAGACGGCCUUACUCACAUCAACCAAUCCCAGUUAUGAUGGGUGUACAUAUCCCAGUGGUAUUGCCUGAGAAAUUAUUUGUUCCAAAAAUAUUGCCUGCAAUAACAUGGUGACAUAACAUUUGUCAUUGUUGUGAAAUUGUGAAAUUUCAAACUAAAACCAAUUGGCACUAGAAGGAGCAAUUGAUAUUUUUUUAUAUAUUAGUCUUUUUUAAGUCUGGGGAUUAUCUCAAUAGUUGUAAAAUAAGAGGUCAAGAUCAAUCUUGACUAGUCCACACCAUUGGGUAAAAUUGUCUCUAUGUUUAGGAUUGUACAAAGAAGUCUCAAAAUGUUUAUACAAUGUGUAACAAUUCUUUGGGCGGUCUGAAAGUUCUUAUUCAAGUGUUAAUAGCAUCUGAAUUCAUUUCCAGG